CCGCCCGGUUUUGAUCAGGGUAGCUGUAUCCGAUUUUUAAAACUCAGCGCUUCUAACCAACUGAUACAUCUGUUGCUGACUUGCGACGAUGCGCCCGGUUCAACAUUUUUAAUCAAACUGGCCCUCUCAACGGCUUCAGGGCUCAGGGCAGUGGCAUGGUUUUCAGAGGAUGGAAACGGACGAAGUCUCGAUUAGGGAACAACUUUUCCACAACCGCGUCCGAGAGACGAUAAUCUGUGUCCUCUUGUUUACGUGCCUUUACAUGGUGUGCUACCUCAUCCUCACACACUUCAAAAAGACUGCAGAGUUUAUCACAGAUGAUAUCGAAGAUGCUACCGUCAACAAAAUUGCGCUCUGGCUGUGCACGUUCACCCUCUCUGUCGCAGUGUGCGCCGUGCUGCUUCUCCCCAUCUCCAUCCUGUCAAACGAGGUUCUGCUCACCUUCCCACGCAGCUACUACAUGCAGUGGCUCAAUGGCUCUCUUAUCCACGGAUUAUGGAACCUAGUGUUUUUGUUCUCCAACCUGUCCCUCGUCUUCCUCAUGCCUUUUGCGUAUUUCUUCACUGAGUCUGAGGGGUUCGCUGGAUCCAAAAAGGGAGUAAUGGCGCGAGUGUAUGAAGCUGUUGUCCUGCUGAUCUUGCUUGCUCUCCUUGUGCUGGGGAUUGUGUGGGUGGCGUCAGCUCUCCUCCAUGACAACGUUGCCCGACAGAGCCUCUACGACCUGUGGGAGUAUUACCUGCCAUACCUGUACUCUGGGAUCUCUCUGUUUGGAGUGCUGCUGCUUCUGCUGUGCACCCCGUUUGGCUUGUCCCGAAUGUUCAGUGUUACGGGUAGCCUGCUUGUGAAACCUCGGCUACUGGAGGACAUAGAAGACACUCUGAGCUGCACCGUGUUUGAAGAAGAUUCCCUCUUCAGGAAGCUGAAUUGUGGCAGUCCAUCGUGUUGGGUCAAGUUGAACAUGGAGGCCAUGAGAAAAGAGUACCUAGCAGUUCAGAGCAGGCGUGUCGCCCUGGAGAUGCGGAGGAAGGCGUCACCAUGGCAACGAAACGUGGGCUAUCCUCUGGCGAUGCUCAUCCUGCUUGCGCUGACGGUGAUGUGUGUGCUGAUGGUCUGUUUCAAUGUGUUGGAGCUGCUGCUGGACGAGACAGCCAUGCCCAGAGGAAUGGAGGACCCUCACCUGGGAAUGGCCUCCUUCUCCAUGUUCGGCUCCCUGGGCGCUGCAGUUCAGGUGGUCCUCAUCCUCUACCUGAUGGUGUCCUCAGUUGUGGGCUUUUACAGCUCUCCGCUCUUCUGUGGCCUCCUCCCUCGCAUGAAAGACACUAACCUCACACAGAUCAUUGCAAACUGCGUUUCGCUGCUAAUUCUGAGCUCUGCACUGCCGGUGUUUUCACGCACACUUGGGAUCACCCGUUUCGAUUUGCUGGGAGACUUUGGUCGAUAUAACUGGCUUGAGAACUUCUACGUGGUCUUCCUGUACAACAUGCUGUUUGCUGGUCUCACCUCCGCUUCCCUUACAAAGACAGUCACCUGGGCGGUGCGGAGGGAGCUCAUCCGUGCAUUUGGGCUCGACCGGCUGCCAAUAACUGUGUCACGGUCUACCAUUCCCUUUAAACUCCUCCUGGCCAGUGGGCUGUCUAAAAUCCAGUGACCUUUUUAUUUAUUUUUUUUUACCACACCUAAGCACUGGCCAGUCUAACCUUUAAAGGCCGAAGCACUUUGUGAACCAGUGAUUCAAGCCUCCUCCUGGCCGUUGGACAGCAGAGCCUUCCCUCUUUAAAAGGACGGGCAAAGACGAGCCUCUCCGUUCUUUACCCAGCGGGAACACAGCAUGUCGGUCUGUUUUCAUGAACGACGCAUCCCGAUCAAGAACUGUGCUGCUAAGUGACUGCAAUUUGAGCAUUCGGUCCAAGUCAUCUGAGACAAGACUGCGUUGGACGGCGAAGAAAGGAUGGAAGCCAUAUUGGGAGUUCUGCCUUUCUGAACAAUAAAGUCAACAGUAUUUUUUUUUUUUUUCGUGAACUUAAGCUGUGUCAUGAAUCCAUCUCUCCCCUUCAGGGUUUUCUUGGUACUCCAGUGAAUUCCUUGCACGUUGCACAACCUUUGUGAGAUUGGGACUCUUCUUUUGUGUGGGUCUGGUUUUCUAACAGGGCUUUUGCUGUAAAUAAGUAAGAGGUUGUUUUGUUGGAGGAAAAGAGACUUUGCUGUUGUAUGUAUGUUAACCAAGAGGUUACACAGGGAAUUUGUGUGUGUGUGUGUGUGGGUGUGUGUGUGUGUGUGUGUUUUGCUGUUUUUCUAGUCAAAUGGGAGCAUUUUGUGAGCGUGGCCAGAACUGUUUGUUUGGGGGUUAUUUUUUUUGGGGGGGGGGAAGACAAAACAAAAAAACAAGAAAUGUGUCUUAAACGUUGUACCUUUAAUGUAAACUGUUCUAGUGAGGAAUUGCUGCCUUUACCAAUCAAACUGUGAAUCAUUAAGAAUCUGUGUGGGAUUGUGCAAUAUUUUAUACAUAAAAGCACACUUUGAAACUUUACCAAAAGUCAUUUUAGAACCUACUUGUUUUUUGUUUUGUUUUGGGGGGGGGGUCGUUUUGUUUUGGGGGCGUUUGUUUUUUUGUUCUUUUAUGUUAGGAUUUUUAGAAUCCUCUUUUUUAAAAUGUUUUUUAAUAAAGAAACCAAAUAUGACCCUCAGGGCUUUCAUUGUUUUCCAGAAUGGGCUGGUGCCAAAGUCCAUAAUCUCAGCAUUAUGUCAUCAUCUGCCGCGUGUUGGUGAUCCUAUGUCACGGCUGUUGCGCCUGCAUCGUCAGCAGCUUGUUUUCUGUUGGUUUGACCAGCAGGGGGCAGUGCAUCUCAAACCCAAAAAACAGGUUUUGUUGGAGAUCGUCAUCCUCUCUGUGUCCCAACGUUAUGUACGAACCACUACGUUUACCCACUGAUGUUGUUCAGGGAAUGUUCAUUCUUGCUUCUGAAACAGAAGGUGUCUAAUGUUUUCUAUUUAUAGGUAUUUGGGUUUUAUACGUCACGUUCUAGUCAUUGCUCCAUAACUGUUAGGCGAUGUACGAGUAAAUAUUUAAAGUGACACUGCAACUUAAAAAAAAAAAAGUGUUUACUUUAGAGGCCUCUGGUUUGGCAUUCCAUUUCUUUUCAUGUUUUACAGUGUUAUGAGAGUAAAGCAAUAAAGAAGAAAA